AUGGCCGAUGUAUCCGAUUCUGAGAAGUCAUUCUACCGUGAAUGGGAGAACAGUUUGAAAAACGACAACCGCGACAUCUCAGACCUGUGGCAGGAAGCACUCAAGAAUUACAAGGGCAUUGUUGGGUUCGAUUUGCAACGCAGCUUCGAUAAUGUUCAAGACAUGAUCAAGUUCGCAAACCAAGAAAUGGAAAGAUUCCAUGAUUACAGACACAACAAAGGAAAAGUCGACCGUUUGAGGAGUGCGUUUGCUUCCAGCCUGGGAUAUGUAGAGACCGCAGCCCAGAUCCUUGUUCCAGCAGUUGAAGGAGCUUUCCCGCCGGCUGCUGCCAUAGGGACGGCUCUGACGCUCAUCAUCAAAGGCUGUCGCAGUGUCACGGUGGACUAUGACAUUCUUGUCGUGUUCUUUGAGGACAUGAACGGUUUUCUCAAUAGAAUCGCCAUUUUAGAGACCAGGCUGCCUAAGCAUCGAGCCUACCAAAACUGCUUGAUGGAAGUCUUCGUCUCUAUGCUUACCAUAUGUGGCCAAGGAAGGAAGUGUAUCGACCUUCGCCGCUUCAAGAAAUGGAUCUCUAACCUGGUUAACGGUGACGGUGGCGAGCUCACGGAGGCAAGGGACGAACUGAAGAAGAAGCUGGACCAUCUCCAGAUGGCUACUCAGUUUGCGAUACUAGCUAAUACCGAGGCGAGAAAUGAUCUUAUCAAACAGCUCGAUGACAACCAACGGUCACACGCCAAGCUACUUGAGAGUUUUCGGAACACCAUUGACAGCAUCUACGACGAAACUCGGCUCAACGGCGCCCUUCUUGCAAAGGUGCUGAAAAAGCUGUAUGAAAAACCAGAGGAAAAGAAACAGCUGGAGAUAUCGCAGACUAAGAAUCAUGCGCCGUCAAGAGGACUCCUGAACGGUUUGAUGGCAAUCGGCAAUAACGACUAUCAAUAUCAAGGUCUCAAACAGACACACAUCUUAGGUUCCUGCAGCUGGCUCCCUUUGGAGGCUCAGUGGGAAAAAUGGCAUGAGAUCGACGACGGAAAACGACCACUUCUUGUCGUCACUGGCUACCCUGGUGUUGGCAAAAGCCACUUGGCUGCAGCAAUAUAUGAGAAGCUUCAGGAGAAGGCAAAGCAAGAUACCACAGGGAACACCUGUGUCGUUCAAUUCUACUUCAACAAAGAUCACCACAGUCUGAGCUCUUUUCUUUGUGGUUUAAUCACGCUGAUUAACCAAAUUGCCGAGACUAACGGCGCCGCAUACCAAAUUUUGGACGCUCAGAUCAAGAAAGACGAGCUGGGCCGUCUCGACAGCAAGGAUUGGCGGCAUCUUGUCGAACAUCUACUCAAGCCAGUGUUCGAGCGAAGUCUCAUGCUACAUGUAUUUGUUGUACUGGAUGCAAUCAAUGAAACUACGCAGUGGUCAGAUCUUAUGUCCUUCUUGUAUGAAUGCAUUGGCAACGAAAAGCUCAGAGUCUCCGUAGUUGCCACUUGCAGACUUACUGACAUGAUCUAUCUCCCUAAUGGUAUCACACGUCUUGAAAUAGAAGUCACCAAGGAAAAACAGCGUCAAGAUUUCAAGCUCUUCAUCUGGGAUCAGAUUCAGUCCCUUAAACAUCUGAAAACGUUCAGCCGCUAUGUUCAACAAAGAGUCGCCGAUGUGGUCGAAGAAACGUCCUCAAAUAUGCUAUACGCAAGGCACCUGCUCACUUGCUUGGAUGAUCUUGGCCGUGAGGGAGCCGUACUGAAAGCUCUCAAGCAAAAGAUGCCGCACGGCCUUCUCGGCAUGUACGAAAGUCUUGUGGCCGAAUCUCUGCGUCUUUUGCCCAAGAACCAUCAGAAAGGUGUCGUAGCACUGCUGCAAUGGAUUGCGGUUGCUCGAAGAACCUUCACACUUGAAGAAAUUCAGUCUCUAGCAAAGCAUCUUUCACACGAUAGUGCUUUCGAUCUCGACAAGGUCCCUGGUCUCUUUUCCAAGUUUCUCACGGUAGGAAAUCCCGGAUUCGAUAUAGAGUCACAAGCAGUUGCGAAAACCAGCCAGGCACAAAUCAUCAAAGAUCUGACACAGAGAGACGACGAAAAUGAUGGGGACAGCAUAUACUACGGUGGUUCGCUUCCGGUCAGACUCAGGGAAAGGUUCAUGCAGGGCUACUACUUCGAAACUUUUGGUCCUAAUGAACCUUUUAUCGUCGAAUACCGAUCAAAAUUUUCGGCGUACCAGCGUUUCAUGUUCUUGACCUGCACGGAGUUGGCGCAAUCUGAUCGAACAGACAUCGAGGAGGGACUGAAGCGAUACUGUGCCUUGAAUGCUAUCUGGCACUGGUCAGGAAUUAGCACCGAUCGGCAUACGCACGAAGAGAACGCUGAAGUUCUUGAGGCUUUUGCCAAGCUGCUUUCUAACAGAACUGGACUUUCCAGUAUACUGCGACGGGCCGACGUGACGCAUCCCGAGGGGAAUUCCGAAAACAUCAACGACGCCAUCUUAUACUGGAACCGAACCAUUGAGAACGUAGAUGUAAGAGAUCGUCUUAGCCUUUUUGCGACCGAGUGGUGGCAUGAAGUUGGCCAAAACCCCCCAAAGUUCCGUCUUGGCUUGGCCAAGGCAUAUCUGCUCGAUGUAUACCAGUCGGAAGGUUUGCAAGACGCUAGAAACUCGUGGAAGCGUCUUCUUUCCAUACUAGAAAGAAUUGGCAUGAGCAAUGAUCUGAUUUGUCAAGGUCGUGAAAACUUUCCUGAGGAGUUUGAGAAUUUCAAAGAUCAGAAGUCUUCCCACGAUAGCAAGGCUGUUCUUGGCUGCUUGAAUCUCUUCGAUACAGAGAUCAAACCCGACGCAAGCAGUCACCGAGCGGUAGCGGAGCUUCUUCGUGCAAGCGGUCAUCUCGAGCCAGCCGAGAAGACCUGCAAAACCGCCCUUAAUCUUUCCAAUCUCGGAAGUCAAGACUGGUUUCAAGCCUCUUGUGUUCUUGUUGAAAUUCAAAUCCAAAUGAAGAAGUACGAUGAAGCGUGUCAGAUCGCUCAAGCUGCAUUCUUGGAGUUAUCGAAACACGAAGUACCCGCGAAACUGAAGCGUGUCGUGUACACAACAUAUGGAGUCACUCGAGUCUUCCAAAAGAAGUUUGAUACAGCUCUGGAGUUACUGGGAAAAGCUAAGGAUUCGGAUCCGGACGGCUUUACCCCAAGCGAUCUUGCUGACUACCUCCAUAUCUCUGAAAUCAAGGGAGCUGCGGCAUGCAUCAGAGUCUUGAAGAGCUGGAACCUCACAGAAAGAAUGUCUUGGUUAGUUUUAAGGUAUCAGGAAGAAGGAUCGAAGACUCUCAAUUUUUGCGCCCGCCUUGCCAAGCAGGCGAAUGAACAGGAGUUUAUCGUCAGCCUCUAUGAGGAAGCAGUUAAACUCCUAGACAGACUCGACGCCGCCACACCCCUUCGGACGGACCUCGCAGUCGUCUAUGCCGGGGUGUGCAAUAAUUCGGAAGGGGCCCUCCAAAUUCUAGAGAAGGUCUUCGACAGCCGUGUUAUUGGCCGUCGGUUCCCGAUCACAGACGUCGAUGCGAGAAUCACACUUCUGACUGCGGUGGAGUUGAUGGCCAACGUCCAGGUUGCGCUCUUCCAAAAGUCAAGAGAUCCAGAUUACAAGACGGAACGUCUCCGAUCUCUUGCUGGCCUCAUGCAGCGCCCAUUUCCGAUGCACGUUCCUCACUUGUCCACGACUUUCACCAUGCCCUACCGCUUGGCUCUAUCUCACAUGUACAUAUCCAUAGGCCCGUUGAAGAAGUUCCACGAAACAUUGCAAUCUAUAAUGGAUGACGCUUUUUCUGGUCUUGGAGACUCUGUGGAUUGGAACGACCAUCUUUGUUUCUUCUAUCUUGCACAAGUUCUUGCACUUCUCAGUCGAGCACUGAAAAAUGAUGAAGGACUCAUCCGAUAUGCUCGAAUUCUAGGCUCUGCAAUAUUUUCACAGCGGAACAGCGCGCAUAAGGGAGGAACACAUAGUGAAGGUCUGGAUUCUAAUGGGCAAGAAGAGAAGACAUCCGCUGCUUCUGUUAUAAGCAGCUCGAAAACACUGGCAGACAGCAAAAGCGAUAUGGACGAUCAGCAGCCUGUCCAAAUUGUGGCGGGUCUUCGAACACAUGAGAACGGCGGCGAGAACAAGAUGACUGAAUAUGAAUCCCUGGACGAGGGAGAUAUAUUGGAUAGCGUCAAGAUUGAUUGUGACAUUUGUCGGCAAAAAAGUCAGCUUCGAGGUUGGGGAGGUCGCUCAGGUUAUAUCUACCUGUUACCCGCGAGCAGCGUAUUUGUAUGCGGAAAUUGUCAGGCUUCCAUUGCGAAAGUUAAGCCCGAGGAUCUUGAACUUAAAGUCGGGCCCUUCCGCAUUGUCGAGUAUGGCUGUCUCAAGCUUCCCAUCGAGGGCUGGCGUGGGGUCAAGAAUGGCAUUUUGAGGUUGGACGGCGAAGAGCCGGUGCCAUUCGAUGACUUCUUGAAGAAGCUUCAGACAGAGGUAAUCAAGAAUGCAUGGGAUCGGAUUUGGUCUAGAGAGGUUUAG